AUGAGAGGCAUACUUUUUCUAUUCCUAAUAUUUAUUCAACUACCAUUUCUAACAAAAUCAAUAAUUAUUAACCAAUAUCCCGAAUGUAAACCUCCCAAAUAUUCUUCCGCAAAUUUUCUACCAACAACUUUCGUAUUUGUGAUUGAUAGAACAAUGUUUUGGAAUACGGUAUGUUAAAUUGCAGAUGCGCUUCACUUCUCUUUUGCGUCUCUAAAAAAAUUUUUAAAAAUGUUUGCAGUAUGAAUGUUAUUUAUAUCUUCUCAAAGCAUUUUCUUGUGAAAUUCCUGUCGAUGAAAAAUUGAAAAUAAUAAUUUUUCAUUAUUCUGAAACUGAAAAUUAUAUCGAAGGACCUUUGGAUAGUGAGCAAAUUGUCAAACAUAUUUAUCCAGUUGAAAAUGAACAAAGUGAGUAUUUUUCCGGGGAGGUGACUGAAUAGAAAAAUAUAUAUGAUCUGUGAAAAAGAAAAUGCUAUGACUACUGUAGAUUUAAUACAAAUUAGAAGCUAUUUUGAAGCCAAAAGUUCAAGCUACUGUAGAUCAAUUUCAUAAAUUUUGAGGGCGAAAUUCGGGGCCUAAAAACUACAAUAACCCAAUUUUUUGCAGAUCAAUACAAUUAUGGCUACUGUAACCGCUUCCAUGAUGCAUUAGAUGAACAAAAAUCGAAUUUUUCCGAUAUUUUCUCAAAAUACCAGAAAAAUAUUCAAAUAAUAGUUCCAUUAAUUGAAGAUUCAGAUGAUUCAGAUGAUACUCAAGAUUGUUCAAUGAUCAAAAUUUUCAAAAAAACUUUCCAAAAUGUUUCAAAUGAAAAUGUGAUUUUCAAUGGAAUUAGUAUAAAAAAAAUGAAACAUGAGAAGGUUAAUGACGAAGAUAAUGUAUUUUUGAGAAUCGAUGAUAUUUCUGUAUUGGAUCCGAGAGAGAAAUUGAUCAAGGAUGAUGAAGCCGGAAAUCAAUAUGUGGGGAAUGUCAGGUUUAUUGUGCAAGCAUUGGCGAAUUUGUGAGUUCUUUUUCGGGAAUUUUUAAAAUAUUUGAAAGUUUGUUUUAGCGUUGCUAGCAAAAUUUCGGACAGUGAAAAUUUUAUCGAAGAAUUGGCGCUGAAUUCUACAGUAAGUUGAAGGGUUUUUUGGAAAAAUCAAAAUUUGAAGAAUUAAAAAUUUAGUUUCACAAGGAAUGGUUUUCAAUGUUCCCCCAAGGAAAAAAUCGAGAGUAUGUGGAAUGUUGAGGGUUCCCGUGGGUAAGAAAAACCCUAACGGGAAUAAGGAGAAAAAUGCCUUAUUCUCGAGAAAAAAUGUAUUUUAGGUCGAUUUUUACACCAUUUUUUGAUUUUUAGAGCAUCUGUAACUCGAUUUUGAAUCUAUUUCAUGAACUUUUCAGUCGUGGAAGUUGUUCAGAAUGGUCGAUUACGUGUUUGUGAAACUUUUUAUCAAAAAAUUAGACAUUUUUUGAAAUUUGGUUUUUUUAGUCGGGGUUUUUCUGAUCAAAUGGUCACCAAAAAACACAAAAAAUAAUUUUUUUCCAUUUUCAAAUGAACGGAACUUGAAAAAUUUAUGACGGUCAACAGACGUAAUUUGGUCCGUAGAAUCCAAAAAUCAUAGUCUCGAUUCACACAAACUUCUCCUUCACAACGAAAACGUUGAUUUUCUAUGAAUUUUUCAAACUGGAUUUUUGAUUUAGUGGACUUUUGGGACCAAAAUUAUUUUAUUCCUAAUUUUAGUCGGAGUAAUACUAAAGUACGCCGUUUGCGCUACAAAUGGAUUUUUUAGACUGACAUUUUUCAUUAAUUUUGAAAAAAGUUUCGAUUUUUCUAAAAAAAUUUCAUCGCAAAAAUCAAUAACACCAAAAUUUUAUAAAACAAGGCAUUUUUCUCCUUAUUCCCGUUAGGGUUUUCUACCCAUGGGAACCUUCAACAUUCCAUAUACUCUCGAUUUUUUCCUUGGGGGAACAUUGAAAACCUUUCCUUGUCAGAAAAAUUCAGCGAGAGAAUUGAAAAUUUUAGGUUUUUAAAAAUACUGUUGAACUUCUAGAAAAUUCUGUUUUUCAGAAAAAUCUGAGAAUCUUAUUAAAGAAUUUUUAAUUCAAAAAAACUCCCUAACAUUUUUUUAAAAAGUUUGUAUCCCAUUUUCUUCCAGGAUUCCUCAAUUUCCCUAGAACAACAGACCGAAAACGAUGAAAACAAGGCAAAUCUCAUAUUUAUCGUAGUUUUAAUUCUUGGAAUUCUCGCAGUUAUCAUGAUUGUAGUUUGUCUAAUUUGCUGGUUUUUCAUGUGGAAAAAAUCAAAAGACAAAAAGAAGACUCGAAAAUUGAAAAGCAGCGAGCCAUCAAAAGAAAAUGCUCAAAAAACUCCACCAAAUGUUUCAUUGUCUGGAAUUGAUAGUAUUGAUGAGUAUUAUGUAAGUUAUCUGAAAUAUAAAUAUCAUAUUUUUGUUAUUUUUAUAGAUUUCUCAAUCUGCCGAGCCCACAACUGGUUCAAAAAGCCGUGAGCCAAUUUUCGCAUCUGGAAGUCGUGAACCAAUCCAGCCUUCAAGAAGCCGUGAGCCAGUCUAA